AUGUCGAAAUCAGUUGUUGCGAUUAUGAAGCGUAAAGAUGGAUCACCCGCUACACCCGGGCCAGCCGGUAUUUCGUCCGGACAGGCAAAUCCAGACCAGACGCGGUCGCAGGAGCUGCGUGACUUGCUUGGUUCGUUGUCGGAUGCCAGUGAUGUCGAGGAUGACCAAGCACCACUGAUCAUCCCACCGAGACCCGGUACACUUCCGCCCACCGAACCGGAUGCCAUGGACACAAGUCCGGACGGUGGCCCGUCGUCAGGCGGUGUAGAUAAUGGUGCCGGUGCUGAUGCCAUGGUCGUCUCCGACGGGGAAACCAAACAGGCGUCACCACCCCGCCGUUGGUUUGUCAUGCCUGUCCCUCUCCCGCGGCGAAGGCCUCCGGGUGCUCCCGUAGUUAUUUGCCCUGACUCAGACCCCGAAAGCAAUACACCGGUAAGACCGUCAGUUGGCCUGACCAGACCCGGAACCACUGGCAUUGCCAGUAGAGUGACGAAUGCUCUGGUAUUGUCGGACACUGACUCCGAUCUGGACACCCUGGACAAGCCCCUGGCUAUGCCGUCGAGAUCUGCAAGCACCGUUGCCACCUCGGCAUCGAGCGGGCGUGCGGGAACACUCAAUUUGUCCGACGGCGACUCGGACGGCGAGUCGGAUGUAGGGGGACCCGUGGGCCCUUUUGUUAUCCCCAGCAGGCAAGCACACCCGGGUUCAUCAACGCACGGGUCAAAGACGAGUCGUACCGGCUCCCUCCUCUCUACGGUGAUCGACCUAUCAAGCGGCGAUGAAUCUGAUUCGGGGGCGGACGGGCAACCGUUCCUCAUCCCGCACAGGCCGGCAAGUGUGGCUACGCCGGUCGCAACUCCGCAGGCUACACCGGUCGCAGCUUCCCAGGCUGGUCAUGCCGUUGCAUAUCCGAAAAUCUCCCCUGCCCGUGCUGCAACGCCAUUGGAUUUGUCAUCGGGUGACGAGGAAAUGGAGUCGAGAGGCAUCGAGCAACUGCUAGUCAUCCCGCCCAGGCCGGCGAGAAUGGCUACGCCUGUCGCCGCUCCGCACGCGGCACGUUCCUCCAGCCGUCCGCAGUUCUCCCCUUCCCUGGGACCCACAACGAUGACCGCCGGUCGUGGGCCACCGCGGGUUCCUGCCCGAUUCGGAAACAUAUUCGGGCUUGGGGCAACUGGCCCAAGGGAUGAAGCUAGGAUGCCUGCCGCAUCCCGGAUGGACAAGAACAGCGAUUUGAAGCUACGUUAUCGAGGGCUAUCCCCCUUGUGGAAGAGUGCUCGGGUGUCUGAACAUGUUGCUGGUCCGUCGGGUUCGAACACUGGUGAAGGUAGCAGUUCUCCAUUCCGGGGGAAUUCCUCUGCAGCCGGGCGAUCGCAGUCCCCCAGCGAGUGGCCCGGGCCGUGGCGCACUGCAGUAUCGCCGGAGGAGGAGGAAUUCCAAGUUGCCCACGGGAUCGUCCGGGGUCCCACAUACGAAGGCCCCCUUCUGACGAUGCUGCGACGGCAGAUGCAGGAGAGCAAUGUCGUGAAGGCGCGAUUGGAGGCACUGCGAGAAAUGAGGAAGGCAAACAGGCAAGGCGGGGAAAUGCUGCUGAGGCUGAAGGAGCGCUGCGGCGCAGAUAAAAAGUGGUGGAAAUUAGAUAACCGUUCCUUAACUGGCUCGCUGAUGAUGCUUGAGACAGUGGGGAUCGACUCGGUAUGGCUGCAGUGUAUCAUGUCAGCUGGUCGGAAAGCAAUGCUAGUGCCCCGCCCCCCUAGCUUCCCGGCGGUCUGA